AUGGGGAUGUGGGUUUUUCUUGGUGAUUUUAAUGAUGUGCGUCGGCCGGAAAAGAGAUUAAAUUCGGAAUUUGUUUCUCUAAAUGCACAUUAUUUUAAUAAUUUUAUUGAGGAAGCAGAUUUUCAGGAAUACCAAAUGGGGGGUAGGCAAUACACUUACAGGUCAGAUAACGGGAAGAAGUUAAGCAAACUGGACCGUUUUCUAAUCCCUUGCCGUAUUUUUAACUCGUGGUUCGAGAUCCCUGGGGCAACCGAAUACGUCCAGCAACUAAUGGAAUCCUUUCAUUUCGAAGGCCCCGCAGAUUUAGCCUUAGAUGUGAAGCUAAAAUGGGCGAAGAAGCGUUUAAAGGACUGGGUCCAGGAGGAAUUGGAAGAUAGAGCGGAGUGCAGAGUGUUUAUUUCAGAAGUUAAUAAAAUAAAGGCUAUGUUCAUCAAACAAAAAUCAAGGGUGCGUUGGGAGAAGGAGGGUGACGAGAACAUGAAAUAUUUUCAUGGGGUUAUGAAUGCUAAUACAAGCAAUAACAGGAUACAUGGGCUGCACAUAGAUGGGGCUUGGGAGACUUCGCCCCCGUUGGUGAAGGACUAUGUUUUUUCCUUUUUUGCAGAAAAAUUCAAAGAACCUAUCGCGUCUAGACCCAAUUUAGAGUGCCCGUUUCUUCCGACUGUAUCACCAGAAGAUGCCGAGUCUUUGGUAAUCCCAUUUACUAUCUCUGAAAUAAAGUGUGCGGUGUGGGAUUGUGAAGGGGAUCGGGUUCCCGGCCGGAUGGGAUAA